CGUCUCUCAGUUCAACUCCCACAAUAUGGACUCACAGGGUGGUGGCAUACGGUGGUCUUACUUCCACUCUGCCCUUCAACUUGCCGUUCGGCGCUCAGCAAGAAAAUGGACAUACGAGGACUUUGCAGAAUGUUUCCCAACCUAUACUGAGGAAGAUAAGGAAGGCUUUACCGCGAUUUUCAAUCAAAUAUCAGACUACAUCGAGUCUCAGUCCUUCCGAGAUCUAGACAGACUAUUUCGUACUGUCAACGUCCAGGAGAAUAUCGACAUUCUACAUUACAUCAUCAAUAAGGCUAAGGAGCGAAAAGAAGCGGGCAUGGAGCGCAAUGAUGAAUGGAGAGAGGACCUAGAGCCUCGAGUAGCUAUCGCUGCGAGAACGAUUCCUAAAUUGGAGGAGGAGAAUGCCCGACUACGAGAAAUCCUAUCUCAGAUGAGAAUUGAACAAGAGAAUAGUGCUUUAAAUGCUCAGUUGCAGGACCGAGCAAAACGAACUGACGAAGUUGAUGAGCAAACGCUCAGGCUGCUCAAGACAUUGGACGAAAUUUUGAAAGAAUGGAAAACAUUGCCAUCUGAGGAAUUAGAAACGUGGACGAGACAAUCCAUGGAGUCCACCAAGCUCGUUAUGCGC